GUCUUGUUUUGACGUGCAGCAUAAACGUUUUGUUUAUACAUUUCAAUAUUUAAUAAUUAUUUUUUACGAGAAAUUGCAUUAAAUUUAUACCAUGUCUUUGGCUGAUGAACUUUUAGCCGAUUUAGAGGAAGAUAAUGAACCAGAGGAUGAUUUGGCCAUGGAAGAAACUGCCGAGGAAGCGGCUCAGGCAGAAGAAAUUGCCGAGAAGCUAUUAAAACCCAGUAUAAAUCUCAUGGAAGUGGAUGUUAAGGUGCAGUCAAUUAGAGAACUUUGUAAAUUAAGAGAUUCGGAUAGAUUGCAGUAUAUACUCAAGCAAAUAGAACACUAUGCCCAAAGGCAGCGUACCUCAGCGGAAAUGUUGGGUAGUGUAGAAUCAGAUCCGGAGUAUUGUUUAAUAGUGGAGGCCAAUGCCAUAGCGGUGGAUAUAGACAAUGAGAUAUCCAUUAUCCAUAAGUUUACCAAGGAAAAGUAUCAAAAACGUUUCCCGGAGUUAGACUCCUUGAUAGUAGGUGAAAUUGAGUAUCUGCUGGCGGUUAAAGAAUUGGGCAAUGAUUUGGAUCAGGUGAAAAAUAAUGAAAAAUUACAGGCUAUCUUAACACAGGCAACUAUUAUGAUUGUUUCGGUGACAGCCUCUACCACACAAGGAACCUUGUUAACGCCUGCCGAAAAGGCUCAAAUCGAUGAGGCCUGUGAAAUGGCCAUCGACUUAAAUAAUUUCAAAACCAAAAUUUAUGAAUAUGUCGAAAGUCGCAUGACUUUUAUUGCACCCAAUUUGUCCAUGAUAGUGGGAGCCUCUACAGCUGCUAAACUAUUAGGUAUUGCUGGUGGUUUAACUAAACUAUCCAAAAUGCCCGCCUGUAAUGUUCAGGUUUUAGGUUCCCAAAAGAAAACUUUAUCCGGCUUUUCUAAAACUCAAAUGUUGCCUCAUACCGGCUAUGUUUUCUUUUCACAAAUUGUCCAGGAUACGGCACCAGAUUUAAGACGUAAAGCAGCCCGCUUGGUGGCAGCCAAAGCUGUUUUGGCGGCCCGUGUAGAUGCUUGUCAUGAAAGUGUGCAUGGAGAAAUAGGUUUGAAAUUUAAGGAGGAUAUAGAAAAGAAAUUGGAUAAACUACAAGAACCUCCACCCGUCAAAUUCAUUAAACCUUUGCCCAAGCCCAUUGAGGGUAGUAAGAAGAAAAGAGGUGGCAAAAGAGUGAGAAAAAUGAAAGAACGUUAUGCUUUAACUGAAUUCCGUAAACAAGCCAAUCGCAUGAACUUUGGAGAUAUUGAGGAAGAUGCUUAUCAAGAUGAUUUGGGUUAUUCUCGUGGCACUAUAGGAAAAACUGGCACAGGACGCAUACGUCUGCCACAAGUGGAUGAAAAGACUAAAGUGCGCAUUAGCAAGACCUUACAAAAGAAUCUACAAAAACAACAGGUCUAUGGUGGCAGUACUACAGUAAAACGUCAGAUAUCCGGUACAGCCUCUAGUGUAGCCUUUACUCCCUUGCAGGGCUUAGAAAUUGUCAAUCCCCAGGCCGCGGAAAAGACUCAAACCGAAAUGAAUGCCAAAUAUUUCUCAAAUACUUCCGGCUUUCUUUCAGUAGGCAAAAGAACUACUUAAACAUAUUUCCAAUAAAAAACUUUAUUGCAAAAAAAAACUUACAACAUAAA